CGGCAAACAGCUGUUGCGCUUGCAAAAACUACCUUUGGCUUAUUUCUUAUAUUUGUCGGAUUUCACGAUGGCCGCCAAUAUUGCUGCUGCAGCUGCUGCUGCCCAAGAAGUUGACCCCGUGCUUAAGAAAGCCAUCAAGUUACUGCACUCCACUAAUCCCUCCUCUUCGAUUGAACUACGUAUACUUCUUGAGGAGGCUUUGAAAUCACGUUAUGGCCCGGAGAAGAGUUUGACGAACAACAUGACACCGCGUAUGCUGGAGGAUGAAGCCAAUUUUCCGGGGAGAGCGGCUACCCCACCGCAGCAGCCUAUCAACCCGGAUGAGAUUAUCAAUUUGACCAACUCGCCGGACAAGGAGCCUUCGGAUUCAGUUGACACUAUUGCGGAUUCGGACGACGGUUUGAGUGCCGUGGGAAUCGUUAAUACUGGAGACACCGGUGACUUUGGCGACCUCAAUUGCUGUGUUUGCGGCGAAAUGGUCUUUACAGCUACCAACCGGUUGAUAGAGUGCUCCAAGUGCGGCGCCAUGUACCAUCAGGAGUGCCAUAAGCCACCGAUAACUAAGGAGGAGGCGGCCGAUGACCAAGAACAGACCUGGCAAUGCGACACCUGCUGUAAUAAGCCGACAACCAGUGGAAAAACUACAGCUGCACCUGCAGUAACGCCAACUGUUUUCAUAGCCGACGAACCCAUGCCGCUGACUAGCAAAGCCAAGUCUUCAGCAGCCUCGUCGCGCUCCUCCAACUCAUCCAAUUCCUCAUCGCCCUUCUACAGGCCGGAGCCCAGCAGCUCCACCAAUGCCAGUAGUAGUAGCAGCAGUAAACACGGCCACAAGUCCUCCUCUUCGUCUUCAUCCAAGUCGCACAAGGAGGAACGAUCGUCUAAAUCUACAGCGACGCCUUCUCUUAGUGCUAUCGGGGGUCUCGAGAAGCAUAGCAGCAGUGGCAGUGGCACCUCCUCUUCGCGACGUAGCAGCUCUAGCACCAAGUCCAGCUCCAAAAGCAGUUCCUCGAAACACCACGAAAGCGGCAGCAGCAAGCGCAGAUCGAAGCAGUAACACUGUUAACUAUUAUGUACCCAGUUUAAGGCAAGAGAAAAAGGUAUGGAAACUAUUUUUUAUUCGUUUAUAUUCGAAACGUGUAACGUAUUCUUUAGUUGACUCCAUUUUACUGUAAACUUUUACCUUCAAAAGUGAAUGCCCUUUGUUGCAUUUUAUUCUCUUAAUUUUCCAGAGAUCUAAAUAUUAUAUUCAAACAAUAAGAAUUUAAUCUACCAAUUUAUAUUAAAAUAAACUUUAGACGUAUUUACACUUUGAAA